UAGGAUCACAGAGUGUUUUGUCCCUCACUGUCUCACUCUUCUCCCUCUGUUAACAACACCUCGCCUGAGGACUGCUUCCUCUGCUUGGAUUGUCACCAGCUCACCACCAUGCUGUUCCGGACUGUGCUUCUGCUCACCUUAUGCAUGUCCACAGGCAUGAGUGCCACUUUAGGCUUCUACCUGGCUCAAGCAAAGGAGGAGGAGGCUCCCACUGUGGAGACUGUCACUCAUGGGAUUGUGGAAGCUGCCCCUGUAAGCACAGCUGAAGAACAUGUUGUUCCCGCAGAUCCAAAAGAAGAUGAUCCACCUGGGGAUGAGGAACAUGUCGCUCCUUCAGAUCCAAAAGAAGAUGAUCCACCUGCUGAGGAGGAACAUGUAGCUCCUUCCGAUCCCCAAGCAGAUGAUCCACCUGCGAAUGAGGAAGAUGUAGCUCUGGCAGAUCCCAAAGAAGAGGAUCCAUUUGCAGCUGAGGAACCUGAAGCAAAUACCAUUGUUGGGGACAAUCAAGUGGCGGAUAUACUUGAAGUGGACAACGUAGCAGCUGGUGAACCAGAAGUGGUUGUGCCUGUAGCAGAAGAGCCAGAGACACGCAGUGAUGACGCUGCUGGAGACACCCCUGCUCUGGAAGAUCUUACUGAAGCUGAAGCAGUCACCCAGGAGCAACCUGAGGCAGAGGAGGACAACAACAUCAAACCAGUCCAGACAGAGCAGUUCCAGGACGAGCCCGAAGCAGCAGAAGAAGAAGAUAACAGCUGGAGCUUCUACUCAAUUAGAAAUAGUUUCCAGUCUAUGCACGGAUACUACAAUUCCCUGGUGGAGCUUGUGGGGGGACGCGAUGGUGUGUGUCAGUACCGCUGCAAAUAUGGAGAAAUUCCUAAACCUCGCCCCGGCUACCAGCUCCCAGAGCCCAACGGCUGCAGCUCCUCUCUGGUUGGAUUCCAGGUGAAUGACGCACUUGACAUGGGGAUCCCUGCUAUGACAAACUGCUGUGACAUGCUGGACAUGUGCUACGACACUUGCGGCGUAAGCAAGAACGACUGUGAUUCCGAGUUUCGCCUGUGUGUGCAUGGCAUCUGCUCCGACCUAAGGAAGAGUCUGGGCUUUGUGUCCAAGGUGAAAGCCUGUGAAUCGAUGGCAGACGCCCUGCACAGCACGGUGGGGACUCUGGGAUGCAGGCCUUACAUGAACAGCCAGAGGGCGGCGUGUGUCUGCGAGGGAGAGGAGAGGGAUGAACUGUGACACAGAACACUGUGGACAAAACCCCUGGAUGUUUUCAUGGACGAAUAACUGAGUCACAUAUUAUACGGUGUAUUUAUAAGCUUCAAAGAAAAGAUACUUCACAGCCCUCUCAAGAUCCACAGCCUGGGACUUCAAAAAAGGAAAAACAGACAAAUGGAGAAUGCAAAUUAACAGUUUUUUUACAGGUUUUAUUCAUAAGCAGUACUGACAUAAUGGUGUCUGGAUAUGACUUUCCAAAUCGUAAUUAACUGCGUAUGCAUAUUACUCUCCAUACUCCAUUUCAAAUUAGGCAAUUUUUAGGCCUCUAUGACCCCAUUACCAUAAAUUACUAUGAUGACUCCAAACAAAGUGCCUGAUGGGAAGGAUAUUGUAGUGGAGAGACACAAUUUAUCAACUAUGACGCUAUGUUGCGUGAUGCUAUUUAUCAAGGUAAUCUGCUUUGAGCUUCAGUCAGUGUCAAAUGAAUGUGAUGCCUAUUACAGCUGGUGUUUUUUUAAUUUAAGUUAUUUGCUGGUGUUUUGUUUUGUUUUUAUUAAUGAAUACAUGACUAAUUGCAGUUCAAAUGACGUGAUUAACUCUGGAUUAAUUGUCAGUGAUGAAGCGUAUGCAUCAUUUUCAGGCUCGGCACACUGAUGCAAAGUGUGCAAAUGAGUCAGAAUAUAUCUAUCAGAGUUCAUGUAUUUUUUUAAGUCAGUGAUGGUGUGAAAUAUAAACAACUUCUAUAAAUCUACAAAUGCCUUAAACUGUAAUCAAGCCUGAGAAAUGCCUCAAAGUGUGACCAAGAAAAACAUCAUUCAUGCUGCAGUUGUUACAAAUCAAAUGUGGCCCCUUUUCUACAUUUCUAUUAGAAUGAGUUCUAAUCAAUGUAUAUAUGUAUUUAAAUAAAUAAACUGAAAUGGUCAGUUAAUCUGCUUUAAA